AUGUCCGGCGCUGGACAACCUUCGAUCCCCUCCUCGUCCAUGACGACUUCAACUCUCACACCAGCCUCGGCUGCCUCUUCCAACAAUACCUACAUUAUGCCAAACUCUCCCUUCAAAAACCGUGGUGAUGGGUACCGUCCCAAAGUUACACGGACUCUCGGACAGCGUCCUGCCUGUCUUGUCAACGCAUCCGUCACCUACUGCGGCAACAACCAAAUCUACGCUUUCGGCGGUUUCGAUCAAUACACAGACGAGGUCUACAAUCAUGUGCUGAGACUGGACCUGGUCAGUCAUCAAUGGAGCCUAGUUGACAACUAUGGCGACAUUCCCGGUGUUCGAAUGGGCCAUACUGCGACCCUGUAUAAGGGAGACAAACUCUUGGUGUUUGGUGGCGAAAACGAACACAGAACCUAUCUAUCCGACCUCAUAAUCUUCGAUCUCAAAACCGCACACUGGACCCAGCCACAAGUGACAGGACCAAUUCCCAAAGGUCGCGCAAGACAUGCGGCCGUUCUACACCAAGACAAGCUUUUUAUCAUUGGCGGGAUUACGGGUCACGACAACUACGUUCUCGACGACAUCUGCUACUUGGACCUGAAGACGUUCACUUGGUCAAGAUCCUGGCGUUUUGUGGGCCGGUUCGAUCAUUCAGCAUAUAUAUGGGGUGAAAGGGUAUGGGUAUUCGGGGGUCUCAGCGAGGAGAUGGACAAGGUUAGCGACAUCUGGUGGCUAGAUCUCAAGGGGAGUCCGGCAUUCGAUUCACCCCCGCAGAUUGGCUCGAUGGACCGCUCCGGUAUGGCUCGAAGCGCCAUUUCGCCAAGGCCCUCCUACCCUGCAGCACAAUCUCCGAUUGUCGGGUCGUCUGGGUAUGCCGCAAACUCGAGGACUGCGCAAGUCAACCCUCCGUCGUUCCAUCUCAAGACGUACGCGCCUCCUGCACCCGGUGCUGUUUCGGCUCUCAAGUUUGUCAACGGUCCGAACGUGCCAUCGCAGGGACAGGGUAUUCAUUUCCAUGUCUACUCGUCAGGUACCCUUCUGGACUUUGUUACGCCAGCGGCGACAAUUUCGUCCAAGGAAUGUUCCUUGUCUGCUCUCGAUCUGGGGUCUCUCCGAUGGCAGAAGUUGGCCGACGGCCGGGAGAUAUUCAAGCCCGGAUAUCGCUGGCACUAUUGCACCAUGAACGAAGAUGGCACCAAGGCCUGGCUACUUGGGUGUCCCACGGAGCCGAAUGUACUGGAUCAUGGAGGUACUGGCCUCGAGGAGUACUUGUCCGAUAUCAUGGAAAUUGAUCUGCGCCGGUACGGGUUCUUGGGAAACAAUUUUGCCCCUGAACCACGCGCGGACUUCACACGGCCAUCUUCUCGAGCGCGUCAUAUCGAACAGCCGUCCAAAGGGCUAGGAUGUGAUCUCGCUAAACUCUUCGACCAGCCUCCCGAGACCGGAAGUGGCACGGAUUUCAUUGUCACAGCUCUUUCUCGCGAAUACGAUGAGGACGAGAUCAUAGGCUCUGCGCUCGUUCACACUUCCGACGCGAUGGACGGUGAUCAGACCUGGCUGUCGCCGGAUGCGCCCACGUCUCCGCCAAUUCACGUUCAUCGACUGAUUCUUCAGGCACGCUGGCCACACUUUGCACGCCUAUGGUCGAGCCAAAUGGCCGAAUUUCACACGAAGAAGAUGCAUAUCCCUGAGCCCUACAGUGUUGUCAAGGCAUUCUUAUACUAUCUAUAUACGGACCGUAUCGACCCGGGAUCUGAAGAGGACGAGAGCAUCACGGCCGACCUGUCAGACGUGGCCGGCCUUCUUGUCAUGUCCAAUAUCUACAACAUUCCACAUCUUCGCCUCCUUUGCGUAAAUAGAUUGGCGAAGGAGCUUGACGUAGAUCACGCAUGUAUCAUCUGGUACUGCGCCGGCAUGGCGAAUGAAGAGUGGCUGCGGAAACGGGCUGCCACCUUCUGUAUGACGCACUGGGGCAGGGUUGUACGCACGCUCGGUUUCCAGAGGCUUCCUCGGGCGGCUCUGGUGGAGCUCUCGCAGGAAGUUGAUAUGGAAGGCCGUGUGGUUGGCGGUGACGAGCUUGAUUUGAUGGUGGGGAUCGAUGGUCGUUACCACGACGGAGGGUCUGGCGCGUCACGGCGUAAGGGGAGCAUUAGUAGCAACCAUACGCAAGUGCUUGAAAGCGAGCUUGAUGAAGACGAGGGCAUGGAGAUGUCAUGA